CUUUGGUAUGCUGCUCUGGGAACUUUGCUAUCAAAAGAUUCCUUACGAAGGCAUGGAUCUAACCAAAAUCCUGGAACAUAUUAAGAAUAAAAAACGUGAAACGCUUGAUAUUGUUCUUCACUCAUCUCCAAUUCCAAGAGAACUUGCUAGAAUUAUUAAAUCAGCUUGGGAAGAAGAUCCUUCAUCUCGUCCCUUGGAUUUAGAGUUACAAUUGAAAUUUGGUGAACUUUGUAAUAAAUAUGUAUUCUCUAAUAAUGCUCAAGAUAAUAGAAUGUUAGAUUUCGAAUUGCAUCGAAAUCGAAAUAGUUCUCAUCUUAUUCCACAGAGUUUUAACGGAAGUUUAUUUGAUGUAUCUAAUGGAGUUGAUACAAUUAAUUCUGAUUCUUCCUCAACAUCAAUACAAACUUUAACACCUCUUGAAGAUGGUUUAAGAGCUCACAAAAAGAAAAAUUAUAAGGAAGCCUGGAAAUGUUUUUCUGAUCAUGCAAACCUUGGAAAUAAUAUUGCAAAGUAUUGGAAGGGAUAUUAUCUAACGUGUGGAUAUUGUACUGAAAAAGAUCUUAAAGCAGCUCGUCAGCUCUUUAAAGAAGCUGCUGAUAACGGUAUUGCUGAUGCACAACUUCGUUACGCAUUUGCUCUUAUAGAAGAUAAACGCAAUUUGAAUGUUACUGAAAUAUUAAAAUAUAUGAAUAUGGCGGCUGAUCGUGGAAAUUCUACUGCACUUUAUAAUUUAGGUGAUAUUUAUUGGAAUGGAAAGCUUAAAGUUCCCGUUGAUAAAGUAAAGGCGGAAUUAUAUAUUAGGUUGGCAGCUUUAAAAAAUCAAUCUAGAGCUGCUGAAUUCUUGGAAAAAAUACAUAAAGAAUCAAAAAAUGAGUCUGUUUUUAGAGAAAUUGAAACUGAUGAUUCAAAAACUAUAGCUAUUAUUGGAGCAGCCGAUAGUGAUGAUUCAAAAACCAUAGUGAUUAAUGAAGCAAUCGUAAUUGAACAACCAGUAAAUGAAACAAUCAAUGUUGAAGAAUCAAUAAAUGCAAUGGUUACUGAAGAAACUAAUGCUGAAGAAUCAAUGAAUGAAAUGAUCACUGAAGAAACUAAAGUUGAAGAAUCAAUGAUUACUGAAGAAACUAAGGUUGAAGAGUCAAAAGAUAAAAUGAUUGCUAAAGAAAUUAAUAUUGAAGAUUCAAAGAAGACAAUUACUGAAGAACCUAAAGCUGAAAAUGGAAUGAUCAUAGAAGAAACUAAAAGUAACGAAUCAAAGAAUGAAAUGAACGCUGAAGAAACAAAAGUUGAAGAGUUAAAUAAAAUCAUUGCCGAAGAAGCUAAAAUUAAAGAGGUAAUAACCGAAGAAAUUAAAGUUGAAGAAUCAAAAUAUGAAAUUAUCACUGAAGAAGCUAAAGAUAAAGAUCAAAAAAAUGGACAAGUUAAUCAAGACACGGAAGUUGGCGGAGAUAUGAAAGAAUAA